GCGCGCGGGGCUGUGGGACGGUGUGGGUCUCCGCCUUCGGAGGACGGCUCUUGGCUUGUUGCUGCGCCGCUGGUGUUUUCGCUGCGCCGUUCUGGUCGCUGUCGUCGCCGCACCAUGGCCUUCGUAACCAGGCAGUUACUGCGCUCCGUGUCCUCUUCGUCUGUCGCCUCGGCUUCAGCGAAGAAAAUCGUCGUCAAGCAUGUGACGGUCAUCGGUGGCGGGCUGAUGGGCGCUGGCAUAGCGCAGGUCGCUGCAGCAACUGGCCACACAGUAGUGUUGGUGGAUCAGACGGAGGACAUCCUGGCAAAAUCCAAAAAAGGAAUUGAGGAAAGCCUUAGGAAAGUGGCCAAGAAGAAGUUUGCAGAAGAUCCCAAGGCUGGUGAUGAAUUUGUCCAGAAAACCCUGAACAGCAUUUCGACCAGCACAGACGCAGCGUCAGUCGUCCACAGCACGGACCUGGUGGUGGAGGCCAUCGUAGAGAAUCUGACGGCGAAGAAUGAGCUCUUCAAGAGGCUGGACAAAUUUGCUGCUGAACACACAAUCUUUGCCAGCAACACUUCCUCUUUGCAAAUCACAAGCAUAGCCAAUGCAACCACCAGACAAGACCGAUUUGCUGGGCUCCAUUUCUUCAACCCAGUACCCAUAAUGAAACUCGUGGAGGUCAUUAAAACACCUAUGACCAGCCAGAAGACCUUUGAAUCUCUGUUAGACUUUAGCAAAACUCUGGGAAAGCAUCCUGUUUCUUGCAAGGACACUCCAGGGUUUAUUGUAAACCGUCUGCUGGUGCCAUACCUUAUGGAAGCAGUCAGGCUGCAUGAACGAGGUGAUGCAUCCAAAGAAGAUAUAGACACAGCUAUGAAGUUGGGAGCCGGGUACCCCAUGGGUCCAUUUGAGCUUCUUGACUAUGUUGGGCUGGAUACUACAAAGUUUAUCGUGGAUGGGUGGUAUGAAAUGGAUGCAGAGAACCCCUUGUUUCAGCCCAGCCCCAUCAUGAAUAAACUGGUAGCAGAGAACAAGUUUGGCAAGAAGAGUGGAGAAGGAUUUUACAAAUACAAAUGAUGCUCAGCUUCCCUGGCUCCAAGAAGAACCCACAUGUACCAGCCAGCCCCCAAGUGCCGGCGGGAAUGCUCUUCAGUCAGACAUUCCCUCACACAGCACAGUCUGCUCGAAGUGCAUUUUGAUUGUAAUCUAUCUGCAGUAAUUAUUUACACUGGUUACGGUAAUAAUAGAUUCCUUCAUUGGAAACUAAUUCCCUUUUUUUCAAUCUGUACAUUUCUCUGUAUUUUCUAAAAAGCUUUAUAUCCUUGGUGCCUUGGAA